ACACAGACACAGCGGUGUAGAAUAAAGAUUUUUGCAGAUCAGCUCCUCCCACACUGGUAUUCAUCAUCAGUGAAGCUCCUCCCACAUCAAUCACAUCAUCAGUAAAGCUCCUCCCACAACAUUCCCAUCAUCAGUGAAGCUCCUCCCACAUCAAUCACAUCAUCAGGGAAGCUCCUCCCACAACAUUCACAUCACCAGUGAAGCUCCUCCCACUGCAAUUCCCCAAUAAAUGCUGUAAAUUCCCAUCAGCUACAAGUGAAGACGAGCAUCAGAGCAUCAGGAAGAGCUGAAAUCUGCCAAGACUGAGUUUAUUAAAGAGGACAGUGAGAACACGAGUGAUCCAGAACCCUGCAGAAUGAAACACACUGAAGAUCCUGAAGAACAAAGAGACCUGAUGGAAGUGAAGGAGGAGAAUGAAGAACUGAGUGAAGUGAAGGAGGAGAGAGAAGAACUGAGUGAAGUGAAGGAGGAGAGAGAAGAACUGAGUGAAGUGAAGGAGGAGAGAGAAGAACUGAGUGAAGUGAAGGAGGAGAGAGAAGAACUGAGUGAAGUGAAGGAGGAGAAUGAAGAACUGAGAGAAGUGAAGGAGGAACAUCAUGUCCAACCUGGAGGAAACCCCUUGAGUCGCUCAAAGACUAAACAGACAUUUUUAAAGAAAAGAAGUGCAGAGAAAUCUUUCGCCUGCACUCAGUGUGGAAAGAGUCUCACAACCAAAAAACAUCUUGAGAUUCACAUGAGAGUUCACACCGGAGAGAAGCCGUUCACAUGUGAUCAGUGCGGGAAGAGUUUCACACAAUCAUCAUCCCUUAAUGUUCACAUGAGGAUCCACACCGGAGAGAAGCCGUUCUCAUGUGAUCAGUGUGGGAAGAGUUUCACGCAAUCAGUACACCUUAAAGAACACAUGAAGAUCCACACUGGACAGAAGCCGUUCACAUGUCAUCAAUGUAGAAAAAGAUUUCCUUGGGAAUCAGACCUGAAGACACACCUGAGAGUUCAUACGGAGGAGAAGCCGCAUUCAUGUUCUGUGUGUGGAAAGAGUUUUUCACUGCUGCAAUAUUUACAUGUACAUCAGAAAAUACACACUGGUGUGAGAGAGUACAUGUGCUCUGAGUGUGAGAAGACUUUUAUUUCUGCAAACUGUUUAAAACUGCACCAGAGAAUUCACACUGGAGAAAAACCUUACAAGUGUUCACACUGUGACAAGAGAUUCAGUCAUUCAGCAAAUCAGAAAGCACAUGAGAGGAUCCACACUGGAGAAAAACCUAACAAGUGUUCACACUGUGACAAGAGAUUCAGUCGGUCACAACAUCUGAAAAAACAUGAGAUGAUCCACACUGGAGAGAAGCCGCACACGUGUGAUCACUGUGGAAAGAGUUUCUCCAUUAAAAGUCGCCUGAAGAUACACAUGAGGAUCCACACAGUGGAGAAACCAUGUUUGCAGUAUUUAGUUUGAUCAAACUCUUCAUCUGUGUUUUUGUAACUCCUCAUCUCUCUCUGCUGUGAUCAUGAAAUACUCAUUGUAUUUGUAAACAGAAAACUGUGAAAUUUACAGUAACUUGCUGGCAGCAAUUAGCAAGUCAUUUGCUGUAGUUCAUUUCACAGUAUGCUUACUGUAAAUUUAAUCUCAGUAACUUUAAAAAUACUGUAAACAUU